AUGGAGCAGGACAUCAUCGCAGAAAGUUCAAAUCGCGCCCACUUUGGAAGAUUCCGAGAUAGUAAUCCUCAGUCGGGAUCUUCAGAAUCCGCUCAGAGCGAAUAUGGCUCCAUAUACAACGCUCUCAAAGCAAGUUCCUCCGGGACGGAAGACAACAACGGCCGACAGUACGCCUCCAGCCAACACCACUAUCCAUUCCAAAGCAGCGACCUUGGUGGCAAUAUAGCCAUGUUCCUCUCUACCUCUCCGAAACCCACCGCCGUCGAACACCCUACAGAGCCCAGGAGGACGAGAUCGCGCUGGCGGCGAUCCCAUACCCUGCCCGACAAUUGGUAUCCCGCGAAGAUGAAGACCAUCGAUCCUAUUGCAGAGCUAUUCAAGGAUGCAAAAGCAAAAGCAAAUAACAUAUGCCUUCUGGGGCACCGCAGGGCCGCCAGCCUCAGUGAUGCAGAUACCAGAUCGAGAACGCCAAGGUGGGCAGCGAAUCUCUUCUCACCAGUGAGACCGUUUUUCCCUCGAUAUCCGCCUCCUGAUAGGUCACCUACACCUCCUGGAAUUCCGUCCUUUGGCUCCCCGGAAGCUAUAAACUAUUCGAGACAAUUCUCUGUCCGGUCUUAUGCUCCCAGUCCGCCCCCGGAAAGGACACCCAGCAGACGUGCAACUGAGUACGCACAUACACUGCGGAGGAUUCUCGGGAUUGCUUCGCCUGUCGAUCCACAACUGAGCAGACGCCAGACAUACACCCUUGCAAGGGCUGAGGAUGGGACAGCUGUCCAGGGUCGUUUCCCAUAUCGAGCGAGCGGGCAUGGUGUGAAUCUGCACAGGCAAUUGGACGAUCAUCCAUUCCAUCGGGUGGUUUACCCCGUUCCUGAACUGGAAGUGCCCAAUUUGGAUGAUAGGUUCAAUGCUGGGAUUCAACCGUUAAGAAGGGAGCAUCAUGAUGUCGCCAAGAGCCGUUAUUCUACGCCAGCUGUGCCUCGCAGGGUACAUUCGAAUCAUGUAUCGAGGUCACGCCAUGCACAUCUGCCAUCGUUAUCGGCAGUAGGGCAGAGACAUCGUCCGUCAGCCCCUUUUCUCGUUUCGCCUGCGACCACCUCAUACUAUAGCUGCAUGUCCCAGCCACGAACCGGUGUUACGGUGCCAGCAGUUGAUGGUGAAAUUGGUCCUUCAAGAACUGGCAGAGCCAACAGCCCUCCUAGGGGUAUGCUUUAUCAGCAGCAGUCACCGGCGCAAGCUGCUCGACCUGUGAGUAUCCUGACUGCAAGCACCACUCGCGAUACGCAAGGAACAAUGAGCUUUUGGACGCGCUACGAAUUGCUUUCUCACUAUCUUCCCUGUUGCUGCUUGGCGCCCGCUGGUAAUUACGACGAGGAUAACAAUGACGACGGGGCUACCAUUGGUGACGAUUCAAGAACUUCAAGAAUAUCGAGGACUUCGCGGACUUCUGGCGAAACGUUCAUGACUGCGCGAAGCUGGACUGACGAUCAAGAACAACUACAAUACCGGCGCUCUGCUGCUCCAGAUCCACCACCGAGACCUCCUCCGAAUACGUUUGCUGGUUGGAAUCCGGUCUUCAGGGAACGAUGUCCGAGACCGAUCCGGAGUCCUUUGGUGGCUGAUCCUAUGCUUGCUUAG